GCCAAAUCCAUUAUCGCCGCAUUGCGACAGAUUCCAAUUCCAAGUCACAAUUCAUCGUCUUUUUUUUUCUAUCACCUUCUCUAAUUUAACACAUUCGUCUUUCCGAUAAAAAGGCUGCGCACCCUACUCUGCCUACAGAGCAGUUCUCUCUUCCUUGUCAUUCUAUUUGAUCUCUACUCGUCUUCUUUCAAACGUAUUCAAAAUGGCCGGACUCAGUCCUCAAGUAACCAACAUCAUCAUCAUUCUUGGAAUGAUGCAGGUGUCGAAACGAAUCCCAUUCGAAGACCCUAAUGUUCUCAACAUCGUUCGCGCGCUGUACAUCGCUAGCAACGUGAUCAUUGCUAGCAUCUACUUCUACACUCAGCUCCAGAUCAACAAGAAGAAGGAUCUCACGACUCUCAAGUAUGUCGAGCCGGCGCCGAUGGGAUCCUCGGAAGAGGGCAAGCUUGUGACGACCACUGUGCACGCGUACGACUCGCAGCAGAUCAAGAACUCUUUCCGAUCGCAGCUUAUGGGUAUCGCGAUGAUGGGUUUCAUGCACGUAUACAUGAAGUACACCAACCCGCUAGUCAUCCAGUCUAUUAUACCUCUUAAGAGUGCCCUCGAAUCCAACCUAGUCAAGAUUCACGUCUUCGGCCAGCCCGCUAGCGGAGAUCUCAAGCGCCCCUUCAAGCAGGCUGCCGGACUUAUGGGUGGUCUUCAGAGCGGCCCUGCACAGAGUGAUAAGAAGGCUGUCGAGGCUGCCGAGCGUGCCGGUCGCGGUGGAGUCAAGGACGAGUAGAUUGGAUGUCUUAACGUCUUGUCUACCUAUAAUAUUUUGAGACAGGGAGGCGGUGACCUCGGACAUUGUAUUGGUGUUGUAGGCUUCGGAUUUCGGGCGUCAUUAAUGUCUCUCCCCGGUUACUUACACACAGACGUAUCGUCUGACACGAAUAGAUGAUCAUAAUUCAUGCAUACAUAUGA